AUGUGGUUCUUCCAGGAUUCGACUUAUGAACCGCUUUCUCAAGCGAAUCCACCAACACGGCAUGUUCAGAAAGGAUAUUUUGCACUUGGCGGGCUCACACUUCUACUCGGAGUGAUCGCCAUUUGGAGGAUUCUUUCGCCCAACGCAGUAUAUACUGCACUCGACAACUAUCAAAGGAUAAACCCUCAUCCAGUUGCCCUCGAAAGCGAGAGCACAUCAAUCUCGUCUAGCUCUAAUCGUGCGGUCGUAUCUACUCUGUACUCGGACAGCUACGCCAUAGGCGUCGCCGUGCUGGGGUAUUCCAUUCGCUCCGCCAACAUCAGCGCGAGGCUUAUCCUUCCAUAUCUGGAAAAGCGUGUCUCCACAAAUGCGUUGUGCAUCGUGCGCGCUGCGGGUUGGGAACCUCACCCUGUUGCAUUCAUCCCCCCACCGCACCACGGCAAGGGCGUACACCCUAGAUUCGGAGACCAAUAUACCAAACUCAACAUAUGGACUUUCGACCAGAUAGGUAUAGAAAGUCUUGUAUAUCUUGACGCCGACACACUCGUCCUACGAAAUUUCGAGGAGCUGUUUGAGUUGGGGUUUAGUUUUGCUGCGGUUCCUGACGUUUAUGGUGGCCGACGAGGGUUUAUCAUUUCCUUCAAUGCAGGAGUUCUCGCCAUCAAACCUUCGACGGAGGUCUUCCAGGAUAUGAGAAGAAACAUGGAGACAGCGCGUUAUCCGCCGACGGAGGCCGAACAGGCUUUCUUGAACGUUUAUUAUGGCGCGAAGGGUGUUCGCUUACCCUAUGUGUACAACAUGAAUCUGGCCAUCAAAAAACGGAGCUCUGCACUUUGGGGAGAGUUAGUGGAUGAGGGAAAGAUUGUGCAUUAUACGUUACACAAACCGUUUAGCGGAACGGUCCAGGGUGUAUCUACGAGGGAAGAGGAGGAGCGGCGUAUAACGGAGGCGGAGAUGAAGGAAGAUGGGUGUUUCGCGGAAGAAUUUGGAUGGUGGCGCGCAGCAUAUAAUGGGUUAAUGCUCGACAAGGGGUCAGAUAUUGAGAGAUGCCGUCCACAACUUGCCAUCACUUCGUAA